ACAUUGGACAAGGUAUUUUAGAAUCUAUCUAUGAUGAUACUCAAUACUCAAGUUCCCUCCUAGGACUCCAUAAAAUACUUUAUGCAUACUAAAUGCUUUCACAGUUGAUAAAUCCAAGGUGGAGCAGAAGGGCAACUAGAUUGAGUAAACUCAAGUUCCCUCCUAGGACUCCAUAUAAAGUACUUUCUGCAUAUAAAAUGCUUUCACAGUUGAAAAAUCCAAGGUGGAGCAGAAGGGCAACUAGGUUGAGUAACUAAUCAUCUUAUUGCAAGACAUACCCGAACCCAGCUUUCAUAUAAGCAUUGAACCGACAAGGACAAUGUAUUUUCAGGGUCUAUCUAUGAUAUAGUACUCAUUCUCAA